AUGGAUUUAUUAUUAGUUUUGGUGGAAAUAAUUUUCUCGUUGAAUUAUUCCAAUUUUGUUCUGCUGAUUGAAAUUGGAUUAUGGAAGCAAGUUGAAUGUGUGGAGCUUCAUUUGAAAGUUGGAAUGAAAUGUUUUAUAAAAGAAACUUCAUGUAAAUAUGCCAUGACAAUUGAAAUCUUUUAA